UUAAUGAUUAUUAUUAAUAGGGACAGAGGAGGGGAUUGACUUCCGUACAAUGGGCAAUCAGAAUGCAGCCAGACUACUAGAGGAGAUGUUCCACAUUAGUGAAUUGGAUCUGAUGAAUCCAGUGACAUACAGAGACCAAUCCAAUGGAUGGAAGUUUCAAGGCAUUGAGAAAGAUGUUGUCAUUUUAAAGAAAAAGAAAGUCAGUGAAUCACCUUUUCAUAGUUUUAUUGGUAAAGGUUUAAUUGAUUUGUCACCUCAAGAAGUUUAUAACUGGGUCCGUAAUCCUAACCAAAGAUACAUAUUUGAUAACAUGUUGAAAGAGUUGCAUGUAGUGAAGCAGAUAGAGUCAGAUCUUUACAUUUUACACAUGCAACAUGAAACUACACAAUGUUUCCUAAGACAAUCAAGGGAUUUCUGUAUACUUGUAUGUGAGAGAUCAGAGGUACAUAAAUAAAGUAUAUUAUACCAUGAACAUAAUGUGAAUAUGCACUC